UGUCCCUGAACGCACCACUGUUCCAGAGUACUCGUACAGCGGUGAGUGACAGUCCUGCUCCACGGUAGCUGCUCCGCUCCUCUCCUCAUUACAGCAACAAGACCGGAGCCGAGCAGGGCAGCAGGGGUGUGUGGACAGACAGACAGACAGACUGAGAGAGAGACAGACAGGCUGCAGCAGGACGGGCUCUGUGCUGUGUGAUGUGCAGUAAAUGGGAUUAAACCGCUCAGACAGCGCUUGGAAACACUCGCAGCAGUAGUAGUAGUAGUAGUGGAGAGUAGGGGGAGCUCCGCGCCGAGCUGCGCCGCAUGUGCUCGCCCGUGUGGAAAACUUGCACCGGCCCGUCCGUCGGAGACCAGAACAACCCAAAAGAAGAGGAAAACUAAACAUAGCUGCAGCCGUGAACAAACCCCGGUUCAGGUUCAAGCACCGGGACUCGCUGAGGAGCAGCAACCCACGCCGACCCCUGCCUCCCCUCUCACAUGCCUGCGUUGAUGUGGGAGAGAGGGAGGGGAGCGGAGCCGGGGGAUGUUUGAAUUUCUCUAAACUUGCACAAAUACAAGAAAAAAUAGUUUGUCUGUUUUGGGAAUAAAGGAGAUGUCGGGUGUCAUGGAGAGCCAAGCGGGCGACCUCCAGAGCUGCGAGGACGUGCGGAAGAGCGGCUACCUCCGCAAGCAGAAGUCCAUGCACCGGCGGUACUUCGUGCUCCGCGCCGCCUCGGAGCGCGGCCCGGCCCGCCUGGAGUACUACGAGAGCGAGAAGAAAUUCCGCGGCAAGGCCCCCGUCCCGAAGAAAGCGGUGGCGCUGGAGACAUGCUUCAACAUCAACAAGCGGGCCGACUCCAAGAACAAGCACAUGAUCGUGCUCUACACCCGGGCCGAGAGUUUCGCCAUCGCCGCGGAGAACGAGGCGGACCAGGACGAGUGGUACCAGGCUAUGGUGGACCUGCAGUGCAAAAGUAAGAACCCCACCGACAGCGGGGAAGGUGGGGACUACGGCGUGCCCAAUCCCGGACCUGCAUUCAAAGAGGUGUGGCAGGUAAAGGUAUGGCCCAAAGGCCUUGGUCAAGCCAAGAACUUGGUGGGCAUCUACCGCCUUUGCCUGACCGACAAGACGGUCAACUUUGUCAAGCUCAACUCUGAUGCCGCCGCUGUGGUGCUGCAGCUGAUGAACGUCAGACGCUGUGGCCAUUCAGAGAACUUCUUCUUCGUCGAGGUGGGGCGUUCUGCUGUGACAGGCCCGGGCGAGUUCUGGAUGCAGGUGGAUGACUCGGUGGUGGCGCAGAACAUGCAUGAAACGUUGCUAGAGGCCAUGAAAGCUUUGAGCGAGGAGUUCCGCCAGCGCAGCAAGUCUCAGUCAAACUCCGGCCCUGGAGGAGGUGCUACUGCUUCAAACCCCAUCAGUGUUCCCUCACGCCGCCAUCACCCCAACCCUCCUCCCAGCCAGGUGGGCUUCACCCGCCGGCCCCGAACUGAGCCUCCUGGAGGAGCUAACGGUGGAGCAGGGGUCAGCAGCGCCAAUGCUUCUCCCACCCCCCGGCACAGCUUCCCAAGGUCUCGCACUGCCAGCGAUGGGGGGAAAGGGGAGGAUGGGGUCGCAGGGACAACUCCGCUCCAAGGGCCGUGCUCCAGCCCCUCCACCAACGGCUCCUGCUCUACCACCCCAAUCCUCAGGUCUAAAUCUGCCCGAUCGGCCCCCACAACCGCUGCUAAAACUCCUCUUGGGUUGAUGCGCUCCAUCUCCACCCCUGCGCCCUCCCCAGCCCCGAGCCUCUCCUCCAGCUCUGGGCAUGGCUCUGAGUUUGGAGGCGUGACAUCUGCUAGUGCUGGUCCAGGGUCUGGAGCUUACAGCCGUGUCCCCUCUCAUCGCGCCUCUGUAUCGGGCUCACCCAGUGACUAUGGCUCCUCUGAUGAGUAUGGCUCUAGUCCUGGGGAUCACACGCUGCUCCCCUCGCCGAGCCUCCCCGGAAGCUCUGUUGGUAGCACCGGCAGCCAGUCGCUCAGCGAGGAGGGAGCCAACUACAUCCUGAUGGGCCAACGUGGCGGUGGUGGUGGAGGUGGCGGUGGUAGCAGCAGCAACCAAGGGAGCUUGACAACCGGCUCCCUGCCAGCGCCGGGAACACCAUCCUGUGGCUCCCAGCCUCAAACCAGGAGAGUGCUGCGCCGUUCCUCCAGCCGCGAAUGUGAAGCUGAGCGUAGGCUACUCAGCAAGCGGGCUUCAUUACCUCCGAUGGCCCUGGAGCGGCUGGCCCCACAUCAGCGCAGAGCUGAGGAGCCAGCAGAUGAAGAUUCAGCUGAUUACGCCAUCAUGUCCAGGAGUACCAGUCGCGAGUCGUUCGCUUCCACCUCCUCUUCCACACAGAGAGAAUCUGUCAUGAGUGCUGGGUCAGCAGGGGGGGGAGGAGGAGGAGGAGGGUACUUAGAUGUGGCGGGUGAGUUUAAAAGUGAAGGAGGUGGAGGAACAAGCGGUAGUGUAGAUAUAGGUGUGGACAAUGGGUACAUGUCCAUGCUGCCUGGCGUCACUCAGCCUCCAGUGUCCCUAUCCCAGUCAUUGGCUGUCUCCGUCCCAGACUCAGACUCCAAACCUGCUGACGACUACAUGGCCAUGACCCCUAACAACAGCGUGUCCCCGCCACAGCAGAUCCACCCUCCGCCAGUGUCUGAUGGCUACAUGAUAAUGUCACCCAACAGCAGCUGCUCCCCCGACCAGCGUGGAGGUCUCUCUGGAGGGGCGUGGGUGGGCAGCGGCAGUGCAGACAGCAGAGCGGGCAGUGACUACAUGAACAUGUCUCCAAUCAGUGCACGUUCUGUGAACGGCAGCCCCCCACCUCCUGAGCACGCUGGUCACUUGGAGACUUCUCAACAGCAAGCGCCCAAAAUGGUGUACUCUUACUAUUCCCUUCCCCGUUCUUACAAACAUAACCCCUCUGCAGGACACUUUGAUGAUGGACCUGGACGAGGCAGAAGGCCCAAUGGGAGUUGCAGUAGGGGAAUGGGUGGAGGUCGGAUAAUGGGAGGGCGUCAGGAGCAAACAGCAACUGGGAGUUCAGCAGUCGGGCGCCACCUGUCACUCUCCUCUUCCUCAUACUCGUCCAGCUCAGCCAGCAGUGAGAGCCUCGGGGAGAGUGAGGACCGAGCUACCCAGGCGGUGAGCACCACGGCCGGGGGAGCUCCGUCCAAAGAUGGGAGCAAGCUCCAGCAGAGACGGGGCUCUGGUGGAUUGUCCAAGCAGGGGAGUAGGAACAGACCAGUGAGCCUGUUUGUUGACGUAUCCAAGGCUAACACCCUUCCCCGGGUCCGUGAGAACCCCCUGCCCCCAGAACCUAAGAGCCCAGGGGAGUAUGUAAGCAUUGAGUUUAAGGGGGAGAAGAGCAGCCAGGCUGGGGUUGGAGGAGGGCGCGGCAGGGGUCUCAGGCAUGGCUUAUCACUGCCUCAUGGCUCAAGCAGCAAGCAUCCUCAACACAGGCCAACUUCUUGCUUAGGGAACUUUAUCCCCCUGUCCCGGAGCCCCUCUGCCCCCAUCACUCCCCCAGCUGCCUCUGAGUAUGUCAACAUGGACUUGGGCCCUUCUCCGUCCCCCUCACCCCUCUCCCUUACUCCACUAGUUUUCCCCUCUUUCCACACCCCUCCCACGCCACCGACUCUUGCUCACGUCCCCAAAACCUGCGAUGAAGGUACGACUAGCCCUCGUGAAGAGGGGGCUGAAGUGGCGGAGGCCCCGCUUAGGAAAAGCAGAGAAAGUGUCCCAUCUGUGUCCGAGUCCCCAACAUCCUGCGGAGACUACACGGAGAUGGCCUUCAGCUUGAAUAGCAACACCGUCCCCAGGUCGUCAUCCAGCGUCUCCCCAAAAGCCCCUUCCCCCACCAGGACUGAUCCCUCCGUUCCAGUGCUGUCACGCGGUCUAGAAUUCCCCCUCACCAAACCCGGACCCAACCCCGACCAUGGGGCUAAGGUUAUCCGCGCCGACCCCCAAGGACGCAGACGGCACUGCUCUGAAACCUUCCUCGCCUCGCCUUCCCUCCCCACUUCUACCUCUACCUCUACCUCCUCUUCCUCCACCGCCUCCCUCUUUCCAGAGCACGCCCAAGCUGUGGCCCGCCGACUGGGCUUUGAUAACAUGCUGCGGGGGAACGGCGCCAUGAGUGAUACGCCCACUCAGUUUGCCCUCCCUGGACAGCAGCCCCUUCCCACAAACACUCAGACUUCGUCCACAGAGCAAGGCCUUAACUACAUAGACUUGGACUUGGCCAACAAAGAGGGCCCCCAUUUGGGUCUGGACGGACCCUCAGGUAGCCAGGCCCCUUCUCGCCUCUUCUGUGUACUUGGUGGAGGAUCUGGGGUCGGGGGAGUGAACGCGCCAGUCGGCAGCAGCAGCAGCAACUCCAGCCUCAACACUUACGCCAGCAUCGACUUCUACAAGUCAGAGGAGCUGCGGACGCAUCAGAAUGGAAACAAGGAGGGAACAGAGUGCUGAUGUCAGUGCGUCGUCCUUUGGGAAACAAUCUGGUGCCGCUCGGAGAGCUUCAAAGCUCCGCCUGUUCCUUUCUUGACAGCCAAUCACACGGAGAGAGCGGCAGGAUCGGACACGCUCCUGAAGCACGUUGACAGACUGAUGGAAAACUUUUUCUUUUUUUCUUCGCUUUCAUCUUGUUGGUUGUGGAAACCAACGGGGAUGUGUGCCAAAUGACAUUCUUGAAAAGCUGCUCUCAUUCCUUGAGUGAAAGCCAAUCAGAGAAGGGUACAAAAAAAAAUGGAGAUCAGUGUUUUAGGUUUUUUUUUUCCAAGAGAGAAAUUCUAAUCAUUAAGAGUAUAAUGGUGGCUAUUUAGUGUAUGAAAAAGAAAAUGAAUAGAGUUAUAUAUCUGCUCAAAAAGUGCCUCGUUUUCAGAUUGUAGCCAUUUUACAAAGAACUUCAACUAACUGAAGCUUUGGGGUUUUUUUUGUGCUUGAUUUGAUGUAGUUACAAAAUAAUGCAGCAGAAGAUAUAGAUAGAUAAAAGGAGGGUAAGCACUGGUGUGAGCUUUUGCUGCGUUCAUGUCAUAUAGGAUGAUUCCAGUGUUUACAGUGUGCAAGAAACACUUAAACAUGAUCACAGAGUUGGUAGUGCGAGGGUUAAAAAUACUGUGCAUGGUCAGUGAGCACUAUAGGUAUGUCCAAAAUCAACAGCACAGUCACCAGAAUAAAAUGUUGGCAUUCUACAUUUCUGCAAACCACAAAUACAACACAUCUGCAUGUUUGAAAGGUAUAUCAGCGUUACUAAAGUGACGUAGCAUAUGAGCUGUCUUUGUCAUGGGGAGGUGGAGGGGAUGAUGGAUGGCAUGUCACUUAGGCAGUAUUGCUGCCAAGCUGCAGGCCAGUGUUGGACACCAAUAACUGGUUGUUGUGUAGAUGCCGGUGGCUGCUUUUUCGGCAGCUUUUGUGCCGUUGAACGUGGGUGUUUCUGAGCAACUCUCCCGCAGCUUUUGUGCUUCUGAACAUGAGUGAUUUUCAGUGACGUGUUGCCACUUUUCCAGCAGCUCUUAGGCCCCUAGCUUUGGAAUUGGGAGGUGGAGGGGAUGGUGGAUGGCACAACACCUUGGCAAGAUGGCUGCCAAGCUGCGGAUAACUGCUGGAGACCAAUAAACAACAGAACUGGUUGUUGUUGAGCGACAGGUGGCAGCUUUUGUGAUGUUGAAUGUGGGUGUUUUUAAGCACCCUGUUGCCACUUUUCCAGCAGAUCUUUUUGCACCUAAACAGGAAUGUUUUUUAGCAACCCAUCACCAGAAGGAAGGGAUUUUUAGCAACCUGUCACCGCUUUUCUAGCAGCUUUUAAUCCACCAAACUCAGGUGUUGCUAGGGAGCCAUCGCCCCUUUCCAGUUGCCAGUUUACUUUUUCAGCAGCGUUUGUGAUGUUGAACGUGGGUGUCUUCAAGCAGAUUUUUUACCACCAAAUGCGAGUGUUAAUUAGCAACCCAUCACUGCUUUUCCAGGAGCUUUUGUCCUCCGAAAGUGUUUUAUAGCAACCUGUCACCGCUUUUUUAGCAGCUUUCAUGCCACUGAACUUGGGUGCUGAUCAGGGAGCCAGCGCCCCUUUCCAGCAGCUUUUGUGCCGCCAAGUACGGGUGUUUUUAGCGACCUGUCGGCGUUUCUCCAGCAGCCUUUGUACAAUCAAACAUGAGUGUUUUUAGCAACCCGUAGCAGCUUUUCCAGCGGCUCUUGUACUGCUGAAUGUGGGUACUUUUUAGCAACCCGUAUCCUUUUUUAUCAGCGGCUUUUGUGCUACUGGUUUUGUUGUUUGUUGGUCUCAAACAGUUGUUUUACAGGUGUUUUACCCAGGUGUCACGCCAUCCACCAUCCACCUCACGAUGACGUCAGCUCAUAAACAGCAUCACUUUAGAAACAUUUCCUUCUGGCUACUGGGCCGGAUUUUGACAUGAACAAUAUUUAUGAAUUGAAACUGGAAAUCACAAUAAAUCCAAUAUGACAUGAUUGCAGCAUCUCUGCUAACAUUAAUCAUGAUGGUACUAGCCAAUCUGCUGGCCUUUCUGUCUACUGUGAGAAAUAUUAGCAUAGCCUGUGUUAGCAUUCGGCUCAUUUUAGCUCGCGCUGCUUUUACUCUGUCUUCUUCUCUCUCUGUUACCGUUUUUAACAAAGCCAUACACCUAAAGUAUUAAACACACAGGCUUGAAAACAAAAGUCACUUGUAGCAGGGGAUACAGUAGCUUGCUAGCUAGCUAAAGCCAGCUAGGUCAGAUUAACAUAUUAGCAUCGUGCCAGGAUAUAAAUUCAGCGUCCUGCUGACCACAGCUCAGGGUUAGAGACCCCUGAUACAGAGCCAAGCAAUCCCAUUAGUGCUGUUAGCUCCAGACACUUGUCUCAUUUAAUCCACUUCGUCUCAGGAUGCUAAAUAACAUUAGGUACUGAGGAUAGAGACCCUAUCAAUAGCCAUGCUAAUGCUAGCUUUAGAGCGGUCAGCACGCUGCUUUUAGCACCGGAAAUGGGGUCAGCUCUUGUUUCACUUCAGCCAGUAUGAAAUGAUAAAUGAAACUUCAGUUAUUUUAUACGUUAAGGUACCAAACAUUUUAAGAUUUUAAAACUUUUAAACUGGUUGAAUUGAAAGUGUUGUGACCCAGAAUCCUCCUUUAAGACGCUCCCUCCCUCCUGUCUGUCUUUUGCUUUAGCUCUUACUUUAAUCUCCGCUAUGCAUCAGCACUUAAGUGCCUGUCUGUCCUUUUUAUCUGUCCGUCUCUCUGCCCCGUCUUAGCAGCUAGCACUAAUAGAGCUGUCCUAGCAGAAUAUAUUAAGUCUAUUUUUGUGUCUAUUUUUGUCUCUUUUGGCUGUACAGUUCUCAUGAAAUAACUUGUUUAUGUUUUGUUGGGUGUGACAAUGAUCUAUCAGAUGACUUGACUGACAACCAUGGCCCUGAUCGGAGGAGUUUUGGACUGUUUCUCUUUGCCGGUAAUGGAGGACUUUAUUAUCACAGGGCCAUCAGUGCCAAAACACAACAACAAAAAGGACUAAGCUCCGACAGCACCUCAAGAAGCAACUUUCAGCUCUCAAGUCUGGAUGAAUUGCUUUGUUUUGUUUUAAAUAUGUAACCUUUUGUGUUUCCCCCUGUUGUUUUCCUUUUGCAGCGGGGAGAACUGUGACAUAUCUGGCCUCGCAGUCUGCUUAUGUGACUCUUGGAGAUAAAGGUCGUUGUGAGGACUUGCGCACGCUUUAACCUUGAAUUUGCCUACGACUUUGAACAGAGGAUUAAAAAAAAAGAAAUGCAUGAAGAGAGAGCGAGAAAGGCCACCACGAAAAAACAACAAUGUCUAAAUACAUGUGCAUCUUAUGUUGCUCCAAAUUGUACUCAUGUGUUUGUCUGCCUGUCUCGGGAAGUUCAUGAACUCGCUCACUCUGGUCACAUGACUUUCGGGGCCUGGAGCGUAACAAUACAGCUUUAUUAUGAGCAGAUUGGGAUCUGUGGUUGGAAUUGCCUCUAAUAGCAGUUGCUAAUGCAGAAGUGGGAAGAAAAAAAAACACAACAGUUGGACUUCAAACCAGAUUCAGCACAUCAAUCCGAGACUUUCAUCCAGACUUGAAGGCAAACACAUGACGAUCAGUGGAAAUGUUUCUAAUGUGUUCUGGAGAUGUUCUCGUAUUGAAACGCAGCAGUUUUCAGCCGAAUGCUUGACGGUACUUGUAGUUUAGAAAGAGAGCGCACAAAAAGAUUUGCAGUCCUGUAAAAAGCGGACGUUAUCAUCCUGUUGUUUAAAGCCCCCCUCUGAGCUCUGGCCGGACUUUUGAAUGACGGUCUUUUACUUUGUCAAACUGCCUGCAGUCGAGAAGUUUCUUCCUCUGGCUGCCCGUGGCAAAGUGCUUGAUGGCAGUGUUAAUUUUAUUAAUGAAACUCAUUGACCUAAGACGAGACGAGACUGACAUCAUUAAACACAAACUGUGACUGUAUCAACAUGUAAAACAGAAAAAGACUAAAAUGCAGUUUAUAAAAGUAUAAAAUUCACUCAAAUCUCGUUACAUUUGUUGACAACAAAUUGAUAACAAAACACAGAUUUUCAUAUUUCAGUGUAGCUGUUUGUGUCCUGUGCUGUGUGUGCCAUAUCAAGACUACACCAGCAGCAUAAGAGCGCCCUAAGAACUUGGUAUUUUACUUUAUUACUUUAUUUAUUUAUUUUUUUUUUUUUCAGACCAGUGUGGUCCAUACAGACACAAAUAAAAAACCAGACAGAGAAACAAUCACGACAAUGAAAACAGUAAAAAAAUUCAUAAGCUACAAUAGCUAAAACACAUACAAACAUUUACUCCAGUGCUUCCAGAAACAGGAAGAAUAUCUAGUGUCACUCCAUGCAGGCUCAACCAGGACCUGGAUAACUUUGUUAUCUGAGUCAGAUAGUUUACAGAUAAAUUUAAACAUAAAAUUCCUCAACAAUGCAUAAAAAGUGGGAACAUUACUGCUCACGGGAACUGCCCAUUGGUUUGACAUCCCAUUGUUCCAACCAUAUUAAACCCAUUGUUCCGAAGUCCGUUCCGAAAUCAUCAUGAUGCCCUGUGGUUAAGGUCUGGUUAGGUUUAGGCACAACGGGACUUCGGAACAAUGGGUUUAAUAUGGUUGGAACAAUGGGAUGUCGGACCAAUGGGCAGUUCCCAUCAUCAGCAUACAUCAGAUGGUUGAUGAGACUCUCCCCUACCAUACAUCCAGUCUUAUAUGCUUUUACCUCUUUAGAAAGAUCGUCCAUAUAUAAAUUAAAAAGAACAGGUGAAAGUAUUCCGCCCUGUCAAACGCCAUUGGUCACCGGGAAUGAUGCCGAUGUGGUUCUACCCCAUUUGACCCGCAUCGUUUGAUGUAAAUACCAAAAAUGCAAGAUCCUUAUCAGAUAUGGGGGGACCCCUCGCUCUUGCAAUUUAAAAAUUUUUUUACAAUGAUUGACACGGUUAAAUGCUUUAGAUACAUCCAGAAAACACAUAAACACUGGAGUGUUAUGUCUACUAUACUUACUAACAACCGCCUUCAGAGCAUAUAUACACAAAUCUGUGCUGUGUUUAUUUUUAAAACCAAAUUGGUUAUCAGUAGUUAUUAAGUAUGCUUGAAGCCUAUCUAAAAGAAUCCGUUCUAAUACUUUGGACAGUAUGCUAGCCAAGGCAAUUGGUCUGUAAUUUUCUAUGCUAGAUAUCUUACAUGUUUUGUCUUUAAGUAUCGGCAAUAACAAGACAGACAGCAUAGAGUCAGGUAAUAUGCCGUUAGAUACAGACACUGACGGCACUUAAUUUCGUCUGUAUUUGUGCACGUUUUCUCAGAGCUUUCAGGUACAGAAGAAACGGAGCAGUACCACUGCAGAUCGUGGGGGCAGUGUAGUAGAGAGGUAGAUCACCAGUUUCAUUACGAUACGACAUUAUAUCGAUUCUACAGUGAGAUGCCUGUCCGGGCAGGUACGUCCUAUUUUAUCUCGUAACAGCAUCGUUUACAUACGGCAUGUGCUCUGUCUGUUGACCUGUAUUUUCUCCGAAAUCCAAAAUAUUUGCACACUGCUGAUUUAUUCCCGAGUGAAUAACAUUAUCGUAAUCGCUUUUUGACGGCGACACAGACUUUCAAAAUAAAGGCGUAUCCUAAAGAUGUUUUCAUUUUGCAUCAAUGAUUCGGGAGUGUUGAUCAUUGAAUUGACAUAUCGAUCCAUGUCGAUGGAACAUGAACGCAGAACAUGAUUUGAAAAAAAAUGUCCGUCCACAUGUAUUUCGCCGUAUAUGUUUUUAUUGUUUAAAGGUUCAAUAUGACGACCGUUGCCAUUGUUUGUUGUUUUCGAAAAGCGCCAUCUAGUGGGUGUAUCUAUGCUAACAUAGUCUCUAUAUACAUCUAUAGGCAAACCCCGGAGAUCUUGCCUCCGGGAGAAGAGAGG